AUGUCGGCCAACUGGGGCACUGUGAAUGUGAGGGGCUGCACUACACUGGCACUGGCACUGGCACUGGCACUCACUGGGCGCGGCGUGGGCGGGCGGGGCGACGGCGCGGACGAGCGAGCGGCUCGGGAGGCGCGCGCGCACUGGCCGGCGCGAGAGGCCGCGGCCGGAGCUUUUUGCGCUCAAAAGCUCACGGCCAAAGUGGAGCCGUCGCUCCCACGGUGCCGCGACCGG